ACUAGUCUUAACACUCUUAUACCACCCUAGAAAUUAACCAAACCUUACCAAAUGGCUAAAAAAAUGGGAGGUAGCCAGAGCAAAUUCAAACCAGAAGCACAAGACGCCUGGCUUAGAGUAAAAAUAUCAGGCAAGCAACCAAAAUACCUGCAAACAGUAAUGCAAGCCAUAGCAGAUUUGAAAGAUUACAAUGGCUCCUCUGAGAGUAGAGUCAUCGAAUACAUCCGAGAAAUCAUCGACAAUAAAAACCCGGGCUCCAAACCAAGAAAUGUGACCGCACAGAUAAAAAAGGCCUUGAAACAUGCUGUCACAAAAGGCUUAGUUAGGCAGCGUGCGGGCAAAUUUCAACUAGCCUUGAACAAGAAGGACUUUGCGAUCUUCAAAAGCUUCAAAGUGGAAGACCCUCUAACUGACUGCGGCAGGUGCAAGAAACAGAAGAAACGAGGCAAGGGACGAAGCAGAGGUAGAGGCAAAGGAAGAAGAUCUCCCAAGAAACAUAGAUCGGGACCUCCACAUAUGAAAGCUCAAGUCGACAAGAGGAAAAAUAACCUUGAACUUAAAGAUCACGAAGAGGUGCCUUCCAACUGUAGCGGUAGUGUUGGUAGUGAAGAACAUGCGUCCAGUGUGGAUAGUUUCAGAGGGGUAGAAGAUGAUUUUAGCAGCACCUAUCUGAAUUAAUGUUAUGGUAGUGUCUUGUGGUUGAGUAAAUUGAAUGAGUCCUUU